CGCGGCUCCGUGCGGGGCAGCCGGCAAAAGCCCCGCGCCGCGCCGCGCCCCGCGCACACCGCCCCGCUCCCGCAGCGCCGCCGCUGCUCCGAGCCCCCUGCCCUGCCCGGCUCGGCUCGGCACGGCUCCACGCCGAGCCACGGCACGGCACCGCCUCGCCGGGCUCCUCCCGAGGCGUGAGGCGGGCGAUGCCUCUCGCCGCCGGGCGCCUGGUUCCCGGGGCGCGGCGGCGCUCGGCGGCUGCCCCUGCUGCAGCCCCUCCAGCCCCUGCAGCCCCUACAUCCCCUGCAGCCCCCUCGGGCGCCCCGAGAGCAGGUUUGACUGUAGGUACUGAAGCGGGGAUCGACGGCGCAUAAAGAUGCUGAAGGGUGUUUGGUUGCUCAGUUUGUUAACAGUGGCUGGGAUCUCGCAGACAGAGAGUCGCAAACCUGCCAAAGACAUUUGCAGCAAGAGCCGCUGCCCUUGCGAGGAGAAGGAGAACGUGCUAAAUAUUAAUUGUGAAAACAAAGGAUUUACAACCGUCAGCCUCCUGCUGCCGCCACCGUCCAAGAUCUACCAGCUCUUCCUCAACGGGAACGCGCUGACCCGCCUGUUCCCCAAUGAGUUCGUCAACUACUCCAACGCCGUGACCCUGCACUUGGGCAACAACGACAUGCAGGAGAUCCGCACGGGGGCCUUCAGCGGGCUCCGCACCCUCAAGAGGCUGCACCUCAAUAACAACAAGCUGGAAGUGCUGAAGGAGGACACAUUCCUGGGCUUGGAGAGCCUGGAGUACCUGCAAGCCGACUACAACUACAUCAGUGCCAUCGAAGCGGGGGCCUUCAGCAAGCUGAACAAGCUCAAAGUGUUGAUUCUCAAUGACAACCUCCUGCUGUCCUUGCCCAGCAAUGUCUUCCGCUUUGUGCUCCUCACCCACCUGGACCUGCGGGGCAACCGGCUGAAGAUGAUGCCUUUUGCUGGUGUGCUGGAGCACAUUGGAGGCAUCAUGGAGAUCCAACUUGAAGAAAACCCUUGGAACUGCACCUGCGACUUGCUGCCACUCAAGGCCUGGCUAGACACCAUCACCGUCUUUGUGGGUGAGAUAGUCUGCGAAACACCUUUCAGGCUGCAUGGGAAAGAUGUGACCCAGCUCACCAGGCAAGAUCUCUGCCCUAGGAAAAGCUCCAGUGAUUCAAACCAGAAGGAAAAACACCCUGUCCUCUCAGACCCACAUAUCUCAAGGUUACUGCCCACAGCUAACUCUGCCAUCAAUCCCACCAGAGCCCCAAAAGCCAGCCGCCCCCCAAAAACCAGGAACCGCCCUACACCCCGUGUCACUGUGUCAAAAGACAGACAAAUAUUUGGACCUAUCAUGGUUUACCAGACAAAGUCUCCUGUGCCCAUCACCUGCCCAGCCGGCUGCAUCUGUACGUCACAGAGCUCAGACAAUGGACUAAAUGUGAACUGCCAAGAGAAAAAGAUAAGUAACAUCUCUGAUCUCCACCCUAAGCCAACCAGUCCAAAGAAACUUUACCUUACCAGUAACUAUCUACAAGUCAUUUACAGAACCGAUCUUGUAGAGUACAGCUCUCUGGAUUUGUUACAUCUAGGAAACAACAGAAUUGCAGUGAUACAAGAAGGUGCCUUUACAAACCUCACAAGUUUACGUAGACUUUAUCUUAAUGGCAACUACCUUGAGAUUCUGUACCCUUCUAUGUUUGAAGGGCUGCAGAGCCUGCAGUAUCUCUACCUAGAGUACAAUGUCAUUAAGGAGAUCCUGCCGCAUACCUUUGAUGCUCUGAGUAAUCUUCAUCUGUUAUUCCUCAACAACAACCUGCUCAGAUCCUUGCCCGACAACGUCUUUGGCGGCACUUCCCUCACCAGACUCAACCUCAGAAACAACCAUUUCUCGCACCUGCCGGUGAGAGGAGUCCUAGAUCAGCUCUCGGCUCUAAUUCAGAUCGACCUCCAGGAGAACCCGUGGGACUGCACGUGUGACAUUCUGGGGCUGAGGAACUGGAUAGAGCAAGUCACUGACCAGAACAACCACCAGUCAAAUGCCCCCGUUGUUAUCAACGAAGUCAUCUGCGAGUCUCCCACCAAGCAUUCUGGAGAGCAUCUGAAAUUCCUGAGCAAAGAAGCCAUCUGUCCAGAGAACCCCAACUUGUCAGACUCUUCUCUCCUGUCCAUGAAUCAGAACACAGAUACCCCCCAGCUCCUCGGUGUCUCACCCAGCUCCUAUCCGGAAAUACACACUGAAGUUCCACUGUCUGUCUUAAUUUUAGGCUUGUUGGUUGUGUUCAUUUUGUCAGUCUGUUUUGGGGCAGGCCUGUUUGUCUUUGUCCUUAAGCGCCGGAAGGGGGUGCAAAGCAUGCCCAGUAGCGCCAACAACUUAGAUAUAAGUUCAUUUCAGCUCCAGUACGGGUCCUACAACUCUGAGACCCAUGACAAAACCGAAGGACAUGUUUAUAACUACAUUCCCCCUCCCGUUGGACAGAUGUGCCAAAACCCGAUCUACAUGCAAAAGGAAGGGGAUCCAGUUGCCUAUUACAGGAAUCUCCAUGAGUUUAGCUAUAGCAACCUUGACCACAAAAAGGAAGAUCCCACCAGUCUUGCAUUUACAAUCAGUGCAGCUGAGUUACUGGAAAAGCAGUCCUCACCUCGGGAGCCAGAGCUGCUGUAUCAAAAUAUUGCAGAAAGGGUCAAGGAACUCCCCACCGGAGGAUUAGUUCAUUAUAACUUUUGCACCUUACCCAAAAGGCAGUUUGCCCCUUCGUAUGAAUCCAGACGCCAAAACCAGGACAGGAUAAAUAAAACUGUUUUAUAUGGAACUCCCAGGAAAUAUUUUGCAGAACAAUCUAAACCUGAGCAUCCUUUACUCCAAGGAAAGCUACAAACAGAACCAGACUACCUCGAAGUUCUGGAAAAACAAACUGCAAUCAGCCAGCUGUAAGGGGGGAGGUGGGAGGCAAAGGAAAAUUUUUAAAUGAGCUCAGCAUCAAAUUUGAUUGAUUCUGAGCUCAGUGCUGAUGUCAUCUGUCGCAUUCCCAACGUUUUCACUUUUUAAAUUAGAGAGGGAGUAAGAGAGAGAAAUGGAACCCUUACAGCACAGCAGGGAUAUGGUGUUGCUUUUGCAACGCUCCCUUUAAGUUAUUUCUAUCUCUCUCUCCUUUUGAACCUUCUGUAGGAACUGCCACCACAAAUGUAUGUUUCUGUAAUAAAUCUUGCGUAAUUCUUUUUCAUUUGGAAGGAAAUGAGGAAGGGGGUCUUUGGGUUUUUCUGUUGUUUUUUUCUUUUCAUUUCAAAGUGGAAACUUAAUGUAUUCUGUAGAAGAUCUCCAAAGAUCUUUUUUUUUUUUCCUGGACUAUGACUUUCUUUUGUAAAUAAUAAUAUACAGUACUGCUGUUUCAAUUACCAAGUAUAGCCACUGGGCGUCACUUUUUUGUGUUAAAGUGCCUUUGCACUUUAAGUACAUUAUUACUUAAUUGUUGCUCUUAGCUUUGAUAAAUUGAACCUAUUUUAAUGUGUUGUAUUUUUGAAAUUAAAAAAAAUAUGUAAAAUAGACCUAUAUGUCAGCUGCAUUAAAUCAGAAGGUUUGAUUUAUAGGAAAGCUGCCCAUCUUUAAAUGAAUCUAGUUCUAGGACCUUACAAACUGAACUGUAAUUUAUUGGGGUAUAUUUUUUUCCCUCUGGGUUUGUUCAGAGUGAUUCACUGAAAUCAACUGAGAGGAUUUAGCAAUGGACUAGAGGUUAUCAAAUGCCUCAGCUGGGAGUAACAGCUCAUUAAUAAAACACGUUUAACACAAUAUCAUAGUGAACUGAACAAUUAAUGUCCUUCUUAAUUCAUUGCAUUGCAGUUCUAACAUGGUUCAGUGGUUUAAGAUUAUUUUCGUACUUAGGAGAAUAUUACUCACAGUAUUUUAUCCAUUAAAUUGGGUAUUUUUGUGCAUUUUAUGACAGCAUUUAUAUUUAUAACUUUUUGGACUGAAAUUAACAUUUCAUUUUCCUGCUAGAUACAGCAACUUUUUUUGUAAGCAGGGACACCAGCAGGGGUCAUCCCACACUUCAUUACUUUUUUUAACAUACAGGCAAAUGAACCAAUGCCAAAGGUAAAAUUUGAACCAAGGUCUUUUCAAGUCCUCCAAAUGAAGGUAGCAGAGAUCACUUUGUGCAUCAUACUAACUUUCAGUAGACUGAACUAUGUCAAGUUCUCUGUCUGUAAAGCAACAGUAAUAAUGCAGCGAUUCUAGUCUACUAGAGGAAACUUUCUAUUAAGUCCAUUAUCUUAAAUUUUGUCAAAUGUUCUAAGCUAACUGAAUUCACUCAACAUGAGUUUUUGUACGCUCAUCAGUGAACAUACGCAAUAUGUAUUCUCCCUUCCCAUUAACUCAGGCCUGUUUUACUUCAAGAUUUACCUUAUCAACUUCAAUUUGCAUUUUCUUCCUGGAGAAUAUCGAAACCAUUUUUAUUAACAAGUCAAACUUUAUUGAGCCUUAUUAGCUUCUAAAUAAUUUUUAGAUGCAAACAUUAUUGUGUGAUUUAAACAAACAGCCCUUAUUUACAACAAAACCAGUUUUGUUUUGUCUAUUGUAAAUCCUUAUGCAACUGGGAUGGUGAUCUGCAUAUAAAGUAGGCUAGGCUUUUCAAUUCCUUAUUAAAGCAAUUGAUGGAGUCUGAAAGAAGCACACUGUUUCCUUUUCAUAAAUAGGUUACUGCACAUAAUAAUCCUUUAUUAUCAUGCAGAGAUUGAAGUGGCCUCUGCUGACUGAUUUUUAGAGCUUUACUAUAGUUAGUAAUACAGUAUCUACAACUCUGAGAAAUUUUCAGCAAUAGCAUUUGAGCUAUAAAUGACUACAAUCAAUGUUGUUCUAAUCAGGACUUUGGCAAUAGGAAGUCACUUUAUAUUUUAAGGCUAAAGAGACUUUGCAUGUGUAUUGCCAGAUAUCUGAGUCAUUCAGUAAACUGUCUUCUAAUGAUUGAUGUGACAUCUGAGUACACUACUAUGCUAACAUGUCGAUUCUUUAUGUUUUGAGUCCAUAGCAUCUAUGUCUGUUCAUUAGAUCAGGUUUAAAACUGGAGUGCCACAAUGAACUACUGAAUAAUCAGUCUUCAAAAUGGUCUCACUUCAAGAAGGAGGCGAAAUGGUAUCACUUUAGUUGCACUUGGAACAUUUGACCGGAAUAGCAUCCAUCUUUGAGUGAGGUAUUUGUCUGAAAUCUUCCAGUAGUGACUGUCCUAUUAUUGCUCCUUUUCCUGGGUGCUUAAAAGCGUUUAUUGCUGAAACCCUACGAAAAGUAUAAGGCUUAUUUUAAAGUUAUUAACUCUUUCCAGGCUUGAUUUUAGUAUUGUCUGCAAAACAAGUACUGUGUUAUAUCCGGCACUCUAGCAGCUAGGAUAUUAUCUAUUAUUGUCUAGAAAACCAGAACAAAUUACAUCUUUUUUUCCUCAGAAAAAUGCUAUUUUUUUCCUACAAAAAAUAUUUUUCAAUUGUAAAGCGUUCACAAACAACAGACAGAGGUAUUGGAUUCUUUUAGUGACUUUCUCUUAUUUACUUUUACUGUUUGAGUCUCAGGCUGACUUUCAUGCUUUCUUUGGUAGCAUAGCAAUAUUUUAGAGGUUGCUGUUGCUUUACAUUUCCUUAGCUUUCAUAGUGGAAUUUAUUUAGUGACUGGAUUUUGGUUUGCAUCACCAGUACCAACUUAAAAAUCAUUAUAGCUGUGGAUCUUUUAUGUUCGUUUUUAUACCCUCCAGCUGACAUCUAUUAAACAAUUCUUUUCAUAGUGAGUAUAGGUGAGAAUUUUUUUUUUUCAGUUACACUUAAAGAGAUUUGUUUAACAGGGAAAAUGUGUUGGCAGCUUCGGUGUAGAAGGUCUCUACAUUUCUUUAGCUGUGCAGCCCUGGAAGCCACUGCUUGUUAGGGGAAUGCUGUUUGUCUGACUAAUGGCUUGAUAAUGAGUCUGAAAAAAAAAAAAUUCCUUCAGAGAUUCAAGAUUUAAGCUGUCAACAUUAUGUAACCAGGUUAGUGAAAUAUUUUUUUUUUGCCCAGGAAAAUGGGAUACAGAUUUUUUUUCUUCCUAAUUUUUCAUUUGUGAGAAUAGAUAUAAUGACCUUUACAGAAACAAUAACAGUACAGACAGAAACAGUAUUAAAAAUAUACAGUUAUCUCCAGUGCAGAUAAGGGACAGUACACUUCCAAUGCACGAAUUUGUUUUGGGGAAGGUUGUUUUUCUGUGUAGCCAUGAAGUUUGGCAAAAUAUGACCUUAGAAACUGGAUUUCAGUAAGUAACUUCAACAGCAAAAUGGGGAGAGAUGCUAACCUUACACUACCUGCGCCCAAACUGCCCUGUGUUUCCUAGGCAGACAUCUGUCUCCUCAGACAAACCCGUGGUUUUGCUAGCAGUAGAGCACAGCUGGAGGAUGACACAUAAAUUCUGACAAAACAAAUGCUGCUUUUUGCAAAAGGGUCUGCAUUUUGUACGUUUUCUCAAGUCUGCUGCAGAGCCACUCCAAAUGCCCCUUGGUAGUUCUCCUUUUAUCAGUCUUGCUCUUCAAUCAGAUUUCAUCCUCUCAGGUUCCAGCAUUUGCUUAGUUCUUACCUCACCUCCAAUUUCUGUACUUCCCAAGCCCCCACCAUGUAGUGCUCCCGCCUCUCCCCUCAAAUUUGUCCCCCUGGGCUCUUUCCUUUUCUUCCUAAGCUAGCUAUAGAGGACCUAUUUCAGUGUUGAAGGAAAUGAAUAUCCCUGCUCUGCUGAGAGCUCAGCACUUACCUCUUCCUUUAGCUAUUAAAAUUAAAGACUAAAACUCAUUGUGGGUCUCUAGAGUCACUAGCAAAAAACAGGCCACACAAAGGUGACUUCUUCCAUUCCAAAAUAUAAGGCAUGAACUAAGUUCCAGAUAUGCCUGCUUUUUUUCCUGUAACUGUAGAGAGUAUACCUGAUGAGCACUGGUUAGAUAGCUAAUUCCUUCAUAGCUGCAGUAAGCCCAGCCUGAUCAUUUCUAGCAUUUCCAUGUACAAUAUUUGUGCUCUGCUGGUUAUCUGCCAGUCUUUACCCUAAGAUAUUUCUAUUCUGUCUAUGAGAAAAAUGUUCCCAGCGUUGUUUAUGGACUGCUUCAGUCAAAGGCACUGACUUUUUACAACACAUUCUUGUGCUGGUAGAGAACUAUACAGUAGGGUUUGUUUGGUUUUCUUUUUCUUCCCAUCAACAGUUGAAUGUGUAAAAUGAAAAUCAAACUUAAGAAAAGUUAGAAGCUGUAAUUAGUAGUGUCAAGAUGAGGGUACCAGCAAGUUAAAUUGCCUAAAUAAAAGUCUUCUUAUAUAGGGAUACAAAUGCCAUAAUUUUAAACUGCUCAUGAGUGAAAUGAGAUACUGGAAAUGUUAAUGAAACUUCUUACAGGCUAAUCACUGAUACAGUUUGUGAUUUUUCAUAUUACUGUUGUUGCAGACAGUAAAUGUCAUUUAAUGGAGAAAAUAAACUGUUUCCCAGAGUUCCCUCCCCAAACUGUAGAACUCCCAAACCAACAGAUAAAUUAACUUAUGCAGAUGAUGUGACAUUUCUUGUAUUUUUCCCUUCAUUUUUUCAAAGUAUUCUGUAGGAGAAGUCCAGAAGUUAUUCUUUUGUAAGAGGAUCAUUAAGUCUGUUUGGAUUAUUGAUCUCAUAGCUUUUCUGGGCACAAGGCCAAUCAUUUUGACUAAGGUUUUUAAUCCUAGCUAAUGAGGGAGGAGGAUUAAUGAGAAGUUUUUGUUGUUUCUUCUUGUUGGAGGGUUGGUUGGAUUUUUUUGAAACCAUAGAUUGACAUGUUUAUGAAUACAGAUGAAUAGAUUGUUUUGAAUGAAAGAAAUGUUGGAGCCGCAAUUGGAGAUGCAAUCAUUCUAAAGACCAAAUAGACUCAAGUGAGAGUGAAGUCUGAAAAACAAGACAUCAAAAAUCAGUUUUCUUCCUGAGAUCAUAAACAUGGAGGGCCCCCAUUUGAGUACAACAUCAGCUUUUGUUGCAUAAUAUUAAAGAUUUAGAAGGAUGAAAUUAGGUGCCAGAUGCACCUCCUUUAUCUUUAAAGAUGUUCAGGUACUAAAGUGUUCAUUUAGAAUCUGGUUCUCAUCUCUACUUGUUACCCUAUUUAUGCAUGCAUCUACGUUACCACUGGUUACACACUGUGCUUGAAAAAGUGAUCAGUGGGAAGUUUGGAAGAGUAAAGCUAGUUGCAAUAUUGCCAAAUCUUUUUUUAUCUAUAUUUUUAAAAAUACAAUGAAUUAACUAUCGGUUAAUAAUGUCUUUUUUAAAUUAUUAUUAUUUCUAAGGACCUUUGCAAAAACUGACAUUUCAGCUGUUCAAGUCAAUCUAUGUGGCUAGUUAGAACAAGAGCAACACACAACUUGUUGCUGAUUUUAAAAUGGAAGCUAGCACUACCAUUUAGAAACUCAGAGAAUUUGCGUUAGUAUUUGCAGUGUAACAGCAAUUGCACCAACAACACGUGUCUGCAAUACGACGUCAGGGUUCUUUAUGGUCACAGAACAAGUAUAGAUUUGCGUCUUAGCAACACCGAUUUCUUGUAUCUUCUUUUCUCACCCUCCACAUGAAUUGCUCCCGAGAGCCAGAAGUGUUAGGCACCAAUUAUCUUCUGUGUAGGAGGCAAUACAGCCAUUUUAAGAAUGCUGUCUGCAUUGGAAAAGGCACAGCUAAUGUAUAUAGAAACCUGUUGCAGUUAUCUCCUCUUGAGAUAAGAGCUAUUUCCAUACAAAAGCUUAGAAAAAAAUCCCCGUGAAAU